AUGCACCCCACCGGUAUCGCCCUCAGACGAUCGACCUGGAAAGGUCCCUUCUUCACUGCCUUCCCUUCCCUCUCCCACCAUCUCAAAUCCUCCACUCCCAUCUUUACCAAAUCUCGUGCUUGCACCAUCUUACCAAACUUUGUCGGUAUCAAAUUCAUGGUGCACAACGGAAAGGACUACCUUCCAGUCACAAUAGCGGAGGAGAUGGUCGGACACAAGCUGGGAGAAUUCUCGCCUACAAGAAGACCAUGGAGUUACAGGAAAACCAAGAACUAGAAUCCUUAUGGCUGUAUGCUGUUGUAUAUCCCGCAUGAAGAUACCCGUCUUAUUUCGCCGCAAGCUUUGCAACAAGCAAAUCACAUGGACAUUACGACGACGAUCAUGCUAGAGCAAAGGGCCUCACG